AUGAGUGUGAGCCUCAUAGAUUUAACAGGAAAUUCUAAAAAUUUCGAUGACAAAGAAGAUCUAUCGAGCCAUCUCUUUAACAAAUGAAGGCUUUGUGAGCUGGUUUCAGCACUUUUUGCAGCUAUAGGAUUAGCUUUAGCUUCAAUUGACUAUGAAUUCACAUAUUCUAGUGAAAGAAACCACAGUAACUGUGCAAUUGAUGAGAAGGAAAUAGAGACUUACAAACUGGCUCUGGUUAUAUCAACACUACUGUCAAUUAAUUUUUUAUUUAUUAGAGAUAGAGAAAAAUCCCACUGGAUAGCUUACCUUAAUAAUCAGAAAUCGAGAUAUAACCCUUAUGAGAGUGUUCUUCAAAGAAAAGCAGAAAAGAGGAAAACUUGGAACAUGAUAAGGCUCUUUGAGAUUUUAUUACUUUUUAUGAUUCCUUAUCCUUAUAUGAAUGUCAAUGUUUACAUUCCUUUCAGGAAUAAUUAUGAAACAAUUUAUAUAUGCUAUACUCUCAACGAAAUUAUGUAUAGCAUUAUGUUCACAAGGCUUUACUUGCUGUAUAGAGCUAUAAUAAAUUAUACCCCUUAUGAAAACCAUCUAGCAAGGAACUUUUGCACCCAAAACAACACAAAAGCUAAUGUGAGAUUUUCUUUUAGAUGCCUGGUGAACCAGCAUUCGAUAAUUGUCAUCCUUUUCUUAUUGUUUUGGCCUUCUAUAAUUUUCCUAGGAGUUAUAACAAGAAUCUAUGAAAGACCAGUAGCUGACAUAGCUCCAUUUCAAAUUGAUAAGUUUCAAAACCCCUUGAGUGCAAUGUGAAUCAUGUAUCAUACAAUGAGUGGAAUGGGGCAAGGAAUUUACCCCCCCUUUACAUAUAUUGGGAGACUUUUUGCAGUUUUGGGAUAUUUUUUAGGGACAAUACUUACAGCAUUUAUAAUCCUUUUCCUACAAAAGCAGACAGAGUUCACUACAAAGCAGACAUCAGCAUUUCGCAGCAUAUAUAAAACUAAAUCAGCUGCAUUGUGCGUACAAGCUGCCUUCUCUUAUUUCUUAACAAUAAAUGAAAAGGGAAGAUACAAUGAUGAAAGUCUGCAGAAAUUUGAGGUUCUCAGAAAUAGAAUUUUAGAGUUUAAAGAAAGGAAAUUAAAAUUAUCUGAAAUGAACACAGAGAGAGACAUCAGCAUUUUAGAUUUAAAAGCUAAUGUAAAUAAACUUGAAUCUCAGAUGUGCAAAAUGGAAGUGCUGUUUGAAAAAAUAGCGAACUAUGCAAUAGAAAAUUUAAGUGAAUAG